AUGCCCAAUACAAAAAGAAAAAAACAAGUGGCAACUAUCAAGAAUGAUUUGGAUGAGAAUCAUAUUACGAGAAUUGAAAGAAUGGCCGAAAUUGCUGCGACAAUAUCAGGAACUCCAUCACCUUCACAAAUUGCUGCAAUAUUGUACUUGCGCGAUUUAAAUAAUCGGAUAACUUUAGAUCAAUGUCGCACAGUUAUCGAUGGAACUUCUAACGAAUUUGUUAUAUGUGCAAUGAUUGAAAAUGCUGUUUUAAUCAUCCUUAAAAAAUGGGCAAUUUUAGAGCCUUCAUUGAAGAAAGAUUAUUUUGAUUACUUUCUUGGAUGUGCUUUGUUCAAGCACAGAAAAUCGACGGCUGUCCGGAAAGGAAUGAUAAAAGCAUGCGCUAAAUUACUGAAACGAUCUGUUUUUGACGGUCAUGCGUGUAAUUUCGAUUUAUUAGCAGCGAAAUUUUAUGUCAUGCUAACAGACGAAAAUGUGGAAUUUCAUCAUAUAACGUAUGAAUUCUUCCUUAAAAUUUUGGAUGAAUUUGAUGAGUAUUGGAGAAUAGCCGAUCUUGGCAUCUCUUAUGAUUUUCAGUACAGAGCGAAGCUUUCUUUUGAGUUAAGUAUGACGGAACAUUUCCUGCGAAUCUCAAAUAUUAUUUUUUCGCGAAAUUUUGGAAUUCAUCAUUUAUCACGAAAAAGCGGUAUGUCAGUAGCAGGACCACCGAAGACAUGGAGAGCGAUAUUCUUAUGGAAGGAAUUUUUGCAACUUUUCUUUAUUUUACACAGAUUCCUUCGUAACAAUAACACCCUUUCAACGCUUACAACAAGUUGCAUAACUCAACUGAUGUCGAUAAGUAACGUCGUCUUACCUGAUGUACCAGCUAAUCCGAAUUCUGAAAUGAUAUCCAUUCCGGAUGUUCCCUAUACCACAGCAUACAAUAGAUAUACAUCCGAUCUUCUCUCACUUUUCGUCUGGACAUUCAACACGCAAGCAGUAAUGCCGGAUGUAUAUACUUAUAGUAUGAUGAUUAGUAAUAUAUUAGCAAAUCAUUCAAUUCAUUCACUUGCACGAGCUGAAGCAUCAUUUGCCACUUUUUUAUCAUUCAUUCCGCUACUGACGGAAUCUUUUACAUUAAAAUUAUCAUAUAUGAGUGAAAAAAGUGAAAAUGAAGAGGGUGAGGAGAAGGAUGAAAAAGGAACGAAAAAUGUCCCAGCACGAAGGUGCAACGCGACCUUAAAAUGGGCCUACAUUAGUGCCUUACAAAAUUUGUUCAAAGGAUGGUUAAUUGUUUUGCAAAAUUCAGAAUUCAUCGUUGAAGUGAUGAGUUAUGCGAUUGAUUUCGCUCAAAUAACAAUCUUAAUGAUUUCAGCAUUUAUGCAAAUGAUAUUUUCUAUUCCAUUUGGUGAGCGCGAAGAGGUUACAUCACCUUUGCCUGAUCGUGAAAUUUUCAAAGAAAUAUUAAUAAAAAUUGGAUUGUUUUCAUCUUAUUAUUUAGAUGAAAUGCUAUCAAAAAUAUAUACAAUACUUGCUGAAACACUUGAAGAAUUUUUAUCAACGUUGGAAAUAGGAAUGUGUAUGGAAGAUUUGGAAAAUUUUCGAGAAAAUAUGCAUUGGAUUUUACUUAUUAUUGGUCAUGUAUUGGUAGAGGAAGAUGAAGAUCGUAAUUAUGUAUGGCAAAGCAAAUUAUUAGUUUAUUAUGAUGACACUGUAGCGGGAAGCAAAUCGAUAGACGUCGAUAAAUAUGCAUCAUAUAUGGAAGCAUGCAUCAAUACACCUCAGUUGUUAACUGAUCCAUCAGAAAUCGAUCUUGUAAUAAAAAUUGUUGGUACUGUAUUUGCUUGGUGUUCGAUUGAGGAUACGUUGCUAAAAGAACAUGGAAUGACAGCGAUAAGUGUGGAAUUAUGUAAUACAUCGUUGUGGUGCAUGAGACGAUUACUUUCCGCGAUUGGAUUACACAUUCAAAAAUCGGAUAAAGGAAAUCAAUUAGCUGAAGUAUCACAAAAUAUUACCCAAAUAUUGGUUGAUUUUGCUUUGCAAAAAUCAUUCCGGAUCUUCAACAUAAUACCGGAUGAAAAAAAGACAUGUAUGGAUGCUGUUGAAUUACUUUCUACUUUGGCACAUACAUUGUAUUGCGAAACAUCAAAGAGUAUUUUUUUAUUUUCAUAUUUAUCAACGAUCAAAACUGAUCAAAUAUCAGUUCGUUCGUCUGUGUUAAAAGCAUUAUUACAAAUUGGCGGUAUAGUUGGUGACGAAGUGAAGCAGAAAACUUUAUAUGAAAUGAUUUUAAUACCUAUAAGGACUAAAUUCAUGUCAAUGUGUGAAAAUUGGUUAAAAACAGACGAGAAAUUUGACGAUUUACUGGAGUGUUUUUGUGUUGUAGCUGAUGGCAUUCAAAAAUGUUCGGCGGAAUUUUUACUCGCAUAUCUAAAACCAAUUUUAAAAUGUUCUGUCUCUCUAUUAUCGAUGUACAAGAAUUCAACAAUUAUUGUCAAUGCUGUUCUUCAACUUUUUGAUUGCUUAACGAAACGAAUAUAUGUGUACUGUGAUAGUCAUCAGAUUAUGUCAUCUCUUUAUGGGGUACUGUUAUCUGUUAUUCAAACCUACGAAAAAGAGCAGAAUGAACGUUACAGAAAUUUGGAUGAUAAGGAAAAAGCAUCAGAGUUGGUACUUCUAUUGGAAAUUCUUACAAAUAUUUUGGAUAAAAGAAAUCGACCGGUCAAUUUGUUAACUGGUAAGACAGAAUUUACCGAAAAUCGUUCACGCAUUAUCGUAACAGCGUGGAAUAUGAUAAUACGUGUAGUGGAACCUGAACAUUUCAAAACACCUUUGUUACGCAGAAGCUUUUAUCGUUAUCUCAGAUAUUCAGCUGAAAUGACACCUGAAUUUAUCAUGAAAUUUUCACAGGAAGAUCUCAUAACAAUUGUGGAAUAUCUCAACAGUGGCUUGCAAGCAGAUCAUGAGAAAGAUGAUCUAUUAUGUAAUCUGAAAGACCGUUUCGAAAAAGAGGUUUCAAUUAAUUCAGCACUUGCAAUAGCUCAUUUAGGUACAUAUUUUACCAAACAUCCAAGAAAUGGUACGGCAUUAAAAGUUUUUUCUCUUGUUAUCGAACCUACCUUUACAAUAUGCCUGAAUGCCCUGUGGCAAGAGGAUGUGCAAAGUUCAGCCACAUCAGCAGCCUUAUAUUCAUUACUGUGUUGCGAUGAGGACGGCUGCAAAACGUAUGUCAAAAAUUUGUUAUCUCGUGAAGCAAACCAUCCAAAUCGUUCGACUCUACGGAACGCUUUCCGAACAUUGAUGUUCCUUAGUCCAGGAAAACAUCCCAAUAAAUGUGAAAAACGCAAAUUUCAUGACCGUUUGAAGCAGUUCUUAACCAAAAUAGAGGGUCUGCUUGUUGUUUUCUGA